AUUCUUGUCAUCCCGCGAAAACACGUCUGUCUGUCUGGUCUGGUUCGAUCAGCCAAGAACCACGUGACAUAUGUUUACAUCCUCUCAGCUGUUCCUGAAGAAAAGACAGCGGCAAUCGGCCGUCUUCGAAAAACUAUAUUUAUGUGAGCUGUCAGUGCGACGGUACGUUACUGUUUCGAUAGAUUGUGUCAGUAAUAUUCAUAUUACUUAAUUUACUCAUCUGACUGGCUGUUACAAGCAAACAAAACAGAGCUCACACGCAGUGCGGAUGUACCAGGCAUAACUCGAUUGCUUGAGAUCUGACACUGCCUCAACUGCAUGUUGAGAAGGUUCCACUGUGCGUGCACGCGUCUCCUGAGCAUCAAUUCUGCCCUCUGUCGUGCCAUUCUGUGCGGUGUUGCAGCCGGGAAUCUGUGACCCACAUCAUCUGCUGCCCAGCUCAGAGGGUUUCCUGAGAACAGGAUACUGGCUCUCGCAGCUGUUCUGGUUGUUCUUGGACCAAAAAUUUGAGAUGCCGAUCUCAAGGAUCCUAUAGGAGCUAAUUCCAGCUAUCUCAUCAGCUUCUCUCCAUGUGAGGCCUUGGGCCCCACUGAAAGUAAAUUUUUUGGGGGGGGCUGUUUUUACGUUUCUUUUCUUUUGGCAUUUUUGUCGCCAUGGGAGGAGCCGUCAGUGCCGGGGAGGACAACGACGACCUGAUCGACAACUUGAAGGAGGCUCAGUACAUCCGCACAGAACAGGUGGAACAGGCCUUCCGUGCCAUCGACCGUGGCGACUACUACCUGGACAGUUACCGAGAGAAUGCCUACAAGGACCUGGCGUGGAAAAAUGGCAACCUCCACCUGUCGGCGCCGUGCAUCUACUCAGAGGUGAUGGAGGCGCUGAGGCUGCGGCAGGGACUGUCCUUCCUCAACCUGGGCAGUGGCACCGGCUACCUGAGCACCAUGGUGGGCCUGCUCCUUGGUCCAUUUGGAGUGAAUCAUGGUGUUGAACUACAUAAGGAUGUUGUGGAGUAUGCUAAAGAGAGGCUGGAGGACUUCAUUAAAAACAGUGAUAGCUUUGAUAAGUUUGAAUUCUGUGAGCCAAAAUUUGUGGUAGGAAACUGCUUAGAAAUCUCCUCCGACAGCCACCAAUAUGAUCGCAUUUACUGUGGAGCUGGAGUGCAAAAGGACCACGAGAACUACAUGAAAAUCAUGCUCAAAGUGGGAGGCAUCCUUGUUGUGCCAAUUGAAGAUCAGUUGACUCAGAUCACCCGGACUGGCCAGAGCUCCUGGGAGAGCAAGAACAUCCUGGCCGUGUCCUUCGCCCCGCUCGUCCAGCAGAACAGAGCCGACGGCAACAAACCAGACACGGUUCAACUCCCUCCCAUCAACAUCCGGAGUCUGCAGGACCUGUCGCGCGUCUACAUCCGCCGCGCGCUGCACGGGCAGAUCGACGAGGCCGGCCCCGCCGCGCAGCGCACGCCCCACAAGCGCAAGAGGCGACGCUGCCGCCGGCGCCGCAUCAACACGUACGUCUUCGUGGGCAACCAGCUGAUCCCGCAGCGCGUGGAGAGCGAGGAGGAGGAGCGCGUCGGCGAGGAGAUCCGGGAGGAGGACGAGGAGGAGGAGGUGGAGGAGGAGGAGAAGGAGGCCGGCGGCGGCGGCGGCGGCGGCGGCGAGGAGCUGCCGCUGAAGGCCGAGGAGCCGCGGGUCAACCUGCUGCGGGAGAGGAUCCUCAGCCUGCCCCUGCCCGACGCACUCAAGGCCUACCUGCUCUACUACCGGGAGAAGUGACCAGGGUGUGCACACACGCACACACACACACACACACACACACACGCACACACACAUGCAUACACACACACACACACAGACACACACACACACACACGUUCACACUUGUCUCAGCACCUCCACUUGAUACAUGCGUGGGCAUACACACAAACACACACACCACACACACACACACACACACACACACACACACACACACACACACACACACACACACACACACACACUGAUACACAGACUAUAAAGACUCUCAGAUGGGUGGACUAAGACAUGCAUACACACAAAUACACACAUACACACACACACACACACACACACACACACACACACUCACACACACACUCACACACACUCACACAUGCACAUGCACUCUUCAUGCACUAAGCACCAAUCUGAUGAGCUGUUUCCCUUCAUUUCUUGGAUGAUGUAGCAUUGUUUUGUUUAGUUUUAUUUUUAUUUUAUUUUAUUUUUUCUAGGUUUUUUGUCUGUCUGGGGUGUGAAUCUGUGAUGGAGAGGCUUUUUGUAAGAUGAUCGGUCAUUUUGACUGCUGGUUAGAGUGAUUUCUAUGCUUUGUGCUAUUGAAAGCUUUCACACUUUUUCGGACACGUUAAAAAAUAGAUGUUUUUUCAUAUGAUUCUUUAAAAGAAAAAAAGACAGAAAGGUAUAAUCAUACACAAGUUUCAGUGCAAUGUUAGAGGGAUAGUGUAGAAGCAUUUUUAUAUACUGUAGAGGCUUCAAUCAUAAAGAGUGUUUUGAAUAUAAGGAACAGGUUUCAAGAGGAUAGGAGUCUAUGCUUUUUGCUGAUGCCCAAGAAGUGUCUAAGACACGUGGAAUAGACAUAUAAUGUGUGAAAGAUCAGAGCAGUGCUGUCGUACCAGAACAGACUAGAUGGACACCAAGAUAUCGGUGAUCAUUCACAAAAAAAAUGGAUUGAAACAUCUGCUAGUUUCUAUUUCUAUCAACAUUUGUUUUGUGAUUGCCUUAUAUGAAUCAUUGUUUGAACAUUUUGUCAGUUGAUUGUGGUGUGUGUUGAUUGUUGGCUUAAGAAAACAGUGCUGAGAUUGCUUUGGUAAAGACUCCCUUAGGUAUUUUUUGUAUGUGACGUGGAUAACAUUACGUGGAUUUUCUCUGCACUGUCCCACACAAUAUCAAGGUCUGCUGAUGGUACCUAAGCUAACAAUGAUUGAGAUAUAUAUGUAUGUAUAUAUGCAGGCUGGAAGCCAUGCUGGAACUUCUUUUGGCUAACCUACCAAAAUAAAAAAGAUAUAUAUCCAGGUUUUUUGGUAGGUUAGCCAAAAGAAGUUCCAGUAUGGCUUCCAGCCUCUCUUUGUAAUGAAAGCCUUUGUAAUGAAAACUUGUUAUGGCAAUCAGCCCCCAGUUCAGAUCCUGAUGCAUGGAAGCUUACUUCAGUAGCUUUCAGUGGUGCAUCCUUUUUUUCCUUCAUUUGGAGAGUUCUAAAAUCAGGGCUUAUUAGUAGAAUGGAAGUGUGGAGGUGUUUCCCCAUCUGGCCCGGGUCGUGUGAGGAUAAAAGAGGCUAUUACAUCAAACCAGCAGCUUCUAACCUGGCACAGAGGCACACUGUGCCUCAGAGGUGGCGCUUAGAAGAAAUAGGGAACUUGCUGUAUGUGGGACCCAGAGAGCCUUUUCAGUGUGUUCGUGGUUGAAAUGAUGUCAGGUCCAUCUGACAAUCACAGAGCGUGUGGAGCUUUGGCACCUGAAAAAAAAAAAAGUUUGUAAAGACUGUACAGAUUUGAUACUACUGAUUUCAUAUAGUAAGCUUUACUCUUGAGGUAUUCUGCCACAAAUAAAUUCUGUAUUGAAUAAUCCUGCAAUAUUACCUACCCUACCCCCAAAUGCCUUGAAUGACCUAUGUGUCAUUUCAUAUCCAAAGCUUUUUUCGUUCCUUUUAAAAUCAGCUUAUAUGAUGAGCUAAGGAUGUCAUUUCCUGUAGAUGAGAAGCCAGAACAAAAGGCCAGUUAAAUGUCUCGAAUUUCAGAGUAGCCCAUUAAUCACUGUGGCAGGUGAAAUUUGGGAAAUGACUUUAUGUAACUCCGGAUAGGGUAUUUCUGAUCUAUUGUGUGAAAUGAUGUUCACUUCUAUUGCACUUCUUCGGUCUCUUUUUGGAAAGUCAAUGUUCCUUUCCAGUUUAUUUAUGACAAAAGAGCUGAGGGGUUAUUUCUCCUUGUCUCACGGUGUGUGGAGUCUUCUGUAUUUUACGCGGUCGCAGCUCAUCUGCUCCUGUCUCAUGAGGUCUGGGAUAAUGGACUGUACGGGGGUGCAGCGUGCUGUCAGGGCAACAGUGCUGCCUGAGGUGGCGCUUGGCAAACAGAGGAAAGAGGCGAGCUCUGCGCCCUGGCUGUCAUACAUUUACAGCGACGGAGUUCACUUAAAGUAAACUACUGUCACUAUAUCUCAGAUUUCUUGGCCCUUGAAAUCAGGUUUGAAUGCUCUUGAUGUCUUUUACACCGUAGUUAUGGGAUUGCGUAUAUUUUUCGAGACGCAGAUUGACGCUGACUGGGUCAGCCUUGGGCUGAGCGUUCAGAUGGUGGUGGAAGUACUGUAUGGGAUGGCCAGGUUACCAUUCCCUUCAGUGCUUGAAAAUGGAUAGCAUGCUGUUGACAGACUAUCACUGAGACAUGUGUGAUGUUGUACAUUUUUUUCUGUCUCUCUCUAUGAAGCGAGUCACUCUGAAUUGUUUGUAAGUUCAUGCUUUCUUCCACAGCCAUGUUUUCAUUAAAUAUAUUUAUAUCA